AUGCCGGCCUUGAUAUACGUCUCGUACCCUUGUGUCGAAGGAGCCAAGUUCGACAUGGACUACUACCUCAACACACAUAUGAAGAUAGUCGAGAAGCACUGGACCUCAUAUGGCAUGAAAGACUGGACAGUGGUCCAGUUCCAGAAGGAUGAUCCCUCAGGCCAGAACGUUCAAGCAAUCAUGACAUGGGAGUCAACCGAAGCAUUCGACAAGGCCAUCGCUGCGAACAUUCCGGAGGUGAUGGAGGAUGUGAAGCACUACUCGCCAGAGGUCAUGCCGGUCCGCUACUACGCACAGGUCAUGGCGAAGGGUUGA